AUUUCAGCAGCCGAAGUAAAAAACUGUGAAGACUAUACGAUUUAAUAGUGUUUUCUAAUUAUAAAUUAAAAAAAAAAUUGUUGAAGAUGACUGAUAGCGAGUCUGAAGCCAAUGGAAAACACAGUGGAAUAAAUUUUCAUUUAAAGAAGCAAAGCGACAUUGAGAUACUAGAGCGUGAGGAAUUGUGUGCGUACAUAUCCCUAUUGCAUGAGUUGCUAAUCAAAAAAGAUAGAAAAUUUAAAAAAUACAAAGAGAAAUACAAAGCAAUUGUUAAAGAUUUGGAAGACGCAAAAGCAAAAGCAAAAUUUGACGCGGAUAACACCACAAACCUUGAGACAGAUGUCGAACCUGCAAAUGUAGAAAAACAAGAAACAGACGAUAAUGCGACCACUACGGUUGACAGUUUCGUGGAUGAUAUUCGUCGUGCUGCCGAACAGGCGCAAAAUUUGAAUGGUUUCGUCUAUGAGCCCACAUCGGGGUUGUAUUAUGAUCAAAAGACGGGCUACUAUUAUAAUGCGGAGUAUGGUCUCUAUUAUGAUGGCAACAGCGGCUGUUAUUAUAACUACAAUCAAGAGAAAAAUGAGUUUGAAUUUCAUUCGCAAGUUCAAACACAGCAAACUCCGAAAACUGCAGAGAGCCACAAAGCCAGCGACAAAGAUGCUCUAACGAAUUAUGCUGAUAUCGAUGCGGACGAGUUGGUGGCGUUCGAUGAGUUUGGCGGUGUCAUAACUGAUGAAGAGCGUUUGCGUAAAAUCAAAGAGGAACGACGACAAGAUGAAGAGGCAGAGCGCACUUGGCGUAAGAAGAAGAAAAACACAAGGUCAAAGAUGACAAAGAACGAUGAAAAGCAUGAGAAGAGCAUUAAAUCAAAGAAGCGAAAGCAUAAAUCGAAAAAGCGUAAAAGAACAUGUGAACGUAAAUCUAAGCAUUCUUCCAGCGCUUGCUCUGAGAGCGACAUUGAGAGUAUGGAUACUCAGAAGUCAAAGAAGCGUGUACGUAAACUGUCUUGUGACUUUGAGGAUGGCGAGUUAUCUGAUUCAAGCAGCAGUGAAAGUGAGAGCGCUAGCGAGGAUAGCAGCAGGAAUAGUGACGACAAUAGUGCUGGCAAAGAUGGAAAGAAAGUUGAAACGUUUUCCGGUGGUGGACGCUUUCAAGAUAUAGCCAAAAAAUACCCGCCUUCCCUACGCGUCAUAGUACAAGAAAGCAACUUAGAAAGUCUAAAGGUUGGUAGCCUCAGCUUAAUCACUUACAAAGGUGGCAGUUUAGGACGUGAAGGCAAACAUGACGUCAUUAUACCGGAUGUGAAUGUAUCAAAACUACACAUGAAAUUCUAUUACGACCACAAGAAAUCUAUUUAUAAGUGCAUAGACUUGGGUUCUCGCAAUGGCACUGUUUUGAAUGGCACUCGCAUGUCAGCUUCCAAACAAGAGAGUUCCGAGUGUGAUUUAGUACAUGGCAGUGUAUUGCAAAUCGGUCAAACAAAAUUAUUAUGUCACGUACACGAAGGCAAUAGCACAUGCGGUUUAUGUGAGCCGGGAUUAUUAAUUGAAGCAUCACGUGAAAACAGUGCAUCCAUGGGUACUACAACUGUGCUCACACAUCGUGAACAAUUAAAGAAGUUGCAGAAAAAGUAUGGCUUGGAGAAAGAGAAAUUUGUAGAGGCAAAACAAAGUACUAGCAGUUAUAAUGAUCGCGCAGCAACUCGACGCACACAAGUCGGCAGUUCAACAGAUGGCGAAAAGACACAGACAGCAUCCGUUAAUACAGAAAUAUCUGCCGAAAAUAAAGGAUUUAAAAUGCUCUCCAAACUUGGCUGGAAUAAGGGUGAGGCACUGGGUAAAGUCAAUGAUGGUUCAGGCCUUUUGGAACCGAUUAAUGUAUCAUCAAAUGAAGGUAAAAAAGGUUUGGGUUGUGAAGGCGGCAAUUCUACAGGUGUUACGCUUACUAGCGCUGAUAAGCGUAAAAUUGCGACUUGGCAGAAAACACAGGCGCGUUAUCAGCAGACAGACAUUUUUGGUGAAAGCGAUGAUAGCUCUUAAUAUGUUAAAUUAUUGUAGGUUAUGUCUUGAUAUUUAAAUAUUCUAAUAAAAAAUAAAAUAAAAUAA